AGGGUGGGGGGGGUGUUAGGAGCAGCCUGUGUUUAGAUGGGAGUCGGCGAUCUGGGAAUCUGGGGUCUUGGCGUCACGUUGUCAGAGAGAGGAAUCACUCAGGCAGAGAGAGAGCGAGAGAGGACGAGAGAGAGGACAUCACACGUUGAGAGACUCACGGAGCAACACUCUCUCACUCCCGCACGCUCGCUUGCUCCCCGGACGUUGUUUAUACGGGCUGGUUUCCACGGUGACAAGAUGGGCGCAGUGGUGGGCACUUUGACCAUGCAGACCAAACAGAGAAGAACAUCGAGAGAUAAGGGCGAGGACGAGCUGGAGAUGACGAUGGUGAGCCACCGGCCAGAGGGGCUGCAGCAGCUGGAGGCGCAGACCAACUUCAGCCGGCAGGAGCUCCAGAUCCUGUACCGCGGCUUCAAGAACGAGUGUCCGAGUGGGGUGGUGAACGAGGACACAUUUAAACACAUCUACGCACAGUUCUUCCCCCACGGAGACGCCAGCACGUACGCACAUUAUCUCUUCAACGCCUUCGACACCACCAACAACGGAUCCAUCAAGUUCGAGGACUUUGUGAUGGGUCUGUCCACGUUACUACGGGGAACGCUGAGGGAUAAGCUGGAGUGGACCUUCCACCUGUACGACAUCAACAGAGAUGGCUACAUCAACCGAGAGGAGAUGACAGAGAUCGUCAGAGCCAUCUAUGACAUGAUGGGGAAGUACACCUAUCCCGCCCUGAAGGGAGACGUCCCACAGCAACACGUAGACGCCUUCUUCCAGAAAAUGGACAAGAACAAAGACGGUGUGGUGACUCUGGAGGAGUUCAUCGUAGCCUGUCAGGAGGAUGAAAUGAUGAUGAGCUCCAUGCAGCUGUUUGAAAACGUGAUGUAGGAGAGAGAGAGUGAGAGAGAGUGAGAGAGAGAGAGAGAGAGAGAGAGAGAGAGAGAGAGAGAGAGAGAGAGAGAGAGAGAGAGAGAGAGAGAGAGAGAGAGAGAGAGAGAGAGAGAGAGA